CACCUCAGCAACCUCAGAAGAGCUUCUGGAGUGGAGUGAAGGAACAGAGGUCCUCACAGGUGUUUGAGACAUGAUUGCUGCUGUCUUCUUAACCAUCCUGUGCUUGGGACUGGCCUCAGCUGCUCCAACACCAGAUUACAGUUUGGAUGCUGAGUGGGAGGAGUGGAAGAGGAACUUUGAGAAAACAUACAGCCAAGAGGAAGAAAGACAUCGGAGAGCAAUAUGGGAAGACAAUGUCAAGAUGAUCAAACUGCUCAGUGAGGAGAAUGGCCUGGGGAUGAACAACGUCACCGUAGAGAUGAAUGAAUUUGGUGACAUGACUGGUGAAGAGAUGAGGGAAAUGAUGAAGGGGAGUUCAGUUCUGACUCUAAAGAAUGGGAAACCCAUCCAGAAACGAGAGAUCACAGUCCCAAAAUUUUUGGAUUGGAGGACAAAAGGCUAUGUCGCCCCUGUGCGGAGACAGCUAGGUUGUGGUGCUUGUUGGGCUUUUACUGUGGCUGCUUCCAUAGAAGGACAACUGUUUAAGAAAACAGGCAAAAUGAUCCCACUGAGUGUCCAGAACCUAAUAGACUGUUCUAGAUCUUAUGGCACUAAUGGCUGCCAAGGAGGCAAAGUUUAUAGUGCCUUCCAGUAUGUAAAGAACAUUGGAGGUUUGGAGGCUGAAGCAACCUAUCCAUAUGAAGCAAAGGAAGGACGCUGCAGGUACCGUGCUGAACGGUCUGUUGUCAAGAUUGCCCGCUUUUACGUUGUCCCAAGGAAUGAAGAAGCCCUACUGAAUGCUUUAGUAACUCAUGGGCCCAUUGCUGUUGGAAUUGAUGCUGAACAUGAAUCUUUUAAAAAAUAUACGGGAGGUAUAUACCAUGAGCCUAAAUGCAGACGUAAUUCUCCUAACCAUGGUAUGCUGUUGGUCGGCUAUGGCUUUGAAGGCAAAGAGUCAGAGGGCAGGAAAUAUUGGCUGGUCAAGAACAGCCAUGGAGACAACUGGGGAGAGAAAGGCUACAUGAAGAUUCCCAGAGACCAGAACAACUACUGUGGCAUCGCUUCCUAUGCCAUGUACCCUAUGUUGUGAGCUGCUUGGUGAUAAGAAGGAGGGGAAGAUAUUAGGGAAACACAUACAGAAGAACCCCAUCCUCUUUAAAUUAGGCAACCUCUGCUGUGUGCAGAAGACACUAUAGACAUUGAAAAGCCAGGGUAGGAGGUAAAAUCUGGUAUGUUUGCUCUAGUAAGACAUGAUUGCUGCUGUAACUGAUGUUCUGUACCGAUUUGUGUCUUGAAUUCCUCUGGUGACUUGAUUGCUAACUGUUCCAAUGUAC